AUGGAGAAAACUCGGAUAGGAGCGUCAAGGAAUCCCCUCCAAGAGAUAGACGAAAAUCAGGACGUUCGCCAUGUCACCAGCACGUUUCGAGAGGCGCUGGUGAAGUGUUCUAGUUUGAUUGAAGAGGAGCUGGGCCUUGAACAAACUUUCGGAAGCGCCUUCGUUGAAUACCUCACCAACUGCCCAUUAGUCAGGGAAGCAGAAAGUGCUGGAAAGGAAAGAUUGCUCCGCAAAUUGUUCGAGCCUUGGAAGGAUUUGGCUGCGAGGAGCUUCCAGAGGAGCUGCCUGCUGACUUGUAUGCUAUCUCGAUCAGAUAGCAGAACGAUAAAAAACGCUUUCCAACAUUGGGCAAGCAGGAUUAUGCGAGAUGCGGAAAAACUCCGGGAGGCGACUAAGUCGAACUCAGUCGGGGUUCAAUGCGAUGAGCUGCGAGACAGGGAGGAAGGCGUCCGAUGGGACGAGAGGAAGCCCUGCCGUCCGAGAUCCAACCAGCCAUCGGGCAAGAGGAGGAGGAAGACGGAGUUGAAGGACGGGUCUUUCCUGCUGUUCCUCGAGACCGUUGAGCAUCGGCUUCUGCGGGAGAUCAAAGAGCUUGACUCGCGGGCGAGGAGGCUGGGGCAGGGGAACUGCUGCCUCCGACCUCGUCUCUCUUCCCUGGCUGAAGAAAGUCGACCGGAUGACGAGCAAGGCUGCCAGGUUGCGACUGCCGGCCAAGGGCCCGUGCAGGUAGGCACUGCUUGUUCCUCUUGUGAGAUCAGCGUCUUACUUGAACUUGGUAAGAAGGUUGCAAGGAACGGAUCCCUCUACAGUCGCCUCGGGUCCCGUCUCUUCAGCCGCCUUCAUAGGCUGCAACGAACGGUCUCCCCACGGUCGGAUGAGAAUCAGACGGCAGCUGGCAGAGAUUGUGGUAGUCAGGAGGUUGUGCGGCAAGAUGUCAAGAGGACAGGAGCAGGAGCAGGAGCAGGAGCAGGAGCAGGAGCAGGAGCAGGAGCAGGAAGGACAAUGAGGAGCAUCUUCGUGAGGGCAAGCGGCAACUCAUACGUCGACAACAAUUUUCGCUGGAAGAGAAUAUUCGCGUCAUGGCAGGGAGGGAGUGGGGGCAGCACGCUGCGGGCUCGUGGGCUCAUGCCAGAAAAAGAGGAGAAGGGAGGGAGAGAGGAGGGAGAGGAGAGGGGAGCAGAUGGAAGCGCAGCCAUCCCAGAACGCGUCCUCAAAAAUCGAAGGUCUUCUCCUCCUGAAUCUGCAACGCCCCAAGCUUCUGCUUCAAAUGAGGAACAGCAGAGGCAUGGACAGCAACAGGAGAGCAACGGUUAUGGGGAGGAGGAGGACGAGGACGAGGAGGAGGAGGAGGACAAGGAGGAGCUGCCAAGAGGAGCUUCUCCGCAGCCCUUCAGCUCCCGCAGUUUGCAGACUUGCCGCAUCGAUCGCAUCUGUGGCAGGAAGAAGAACGAAGGCGGGGGCAACUAG